CACAGUAGUGGCGCCAAACAAGGUGUUGUUCAAACAAACACUAUUCAUCAUUUCAGCGAAGAAGCAAGUCGAGUCACAAGUAUGGAGGAGAAUUGGGAAUCACUCGAUGUGGAUGACUCAGAUCUCCCUUCUCUAAUCCUCCGUCCUUGCUCCAAUUCCAACAAACACAAUCACAAUCACAUCUCUCAACCACAACAGCAGCAUCAUCAACAACAACCACAGCGAACUCCACCGCUAAUUUCGCCGCGCUUAAUCCCCGGUCCAGCCGGAAAAAUACAAGCCGCGAUGAACCGGAAAAGACUUCACCACUCCGAUUCACCGCUUCUUCCUACUCAGGACUUUCUUCUCAAGGCGGCGCAAUGCUCCGAUCUCUCGUUUCAGGAUGAUGAUGAUUUUAAAGCGGAUGCCUGGCUUCGUGCGCUUCGUUUUCUCGGAAACGCCCAAAGCACUACGAAGGAUUUUGUUCUUCAAACCACGCCUUUGUCUCGUGUCGGUAGCAGUUUGCCUGAUGGCAUUGUUAAUCAGGUUGUUGCCAUUAUCAAUUCUUGCACACCAAAUGGUCUUGGUGAUAUGACGGUCACGCUGAAGGACACUACAGGUUUAAUUGAUGCUACCAUCCACCGUAAAGUACUGACUGAGAGUGAAUUUGCAAAAGACAUAUCUGUGAAAGCAGCUAUCAUUCUUAAGAAGGUUUCUAUAUUUGCACCUUCAUCAAAAACUGUCUAUCUCAACAUCACAAGGAGCAAUGUGGUGAAGGUGUUUCAUAAGGAUGUUACACCGGCAUCGGGCAAUACAAAUGUUGUUGCACCUAGAGUAACAUAUCUUCCUCCAGAUAUCAGUAAAAAAUCACGAGUGCUGGAAGACGAAUUGGCACAGGAGCAUGGGCGAACCAAAGAAAUUAUGCAUGAGGUCUGUCAAGUAGCUACUGGUGGUCGAAACUGGCUUCUUGAUAAUCAAAAGAAAAAUGGAUCAUUGUUACCGGAAAGUGGCAGUGAUGAAUUUGGCAGAGUCAAAAAUACUAGUACACAGAACAAAGCCUUUUGGGCUAGGGAGUGUAGUGCUACCACUGAAAUAUACGAGAAAGCUGGUGCUGAUGUUGCCGGUGAUAACCAUAUGACUUUGGAUAGCAAUGAGAAGAGACCAAAAGUUAAUAAUUUGUCAGAGGGACACAAAAACAGUGUUUUUGUAGGGAACUUGAACAUGGACCAUGGUGAUGAAACUCAGCAAACAGACAAAGCUGUGAAGCAAAGUUGUAUUUCAAAAGUUUCCCUUCCGCAGUGGACAGAUGAACAGCUACUUGAGCUGUUUGAAGAUGAUGAACCUCUCUUCUGAGUUCACCUGGUAACGGGGUUUAUUUUUUUUUUGACGGAUGGUAACAGAAAAUUUUGAGUGUAAAGAUUAGUAGGAAUCACGUAGACUGUCAUUUCUGUACAGUUUCAUUUGAUAUUAUUUUUAGUUUGAUAACAAGUUAAGAUCAUUCUUAAAGUAGACAAAGUACAACUUUGGUCUCCAUAUUUUCUUUCUGCAUAACCAUCAA